GCCUACAGUACACUCCGCUGCUUAUCCGGGGAUGUCACACCGCCGCUAUUUUCUCCCCUCAGUCCCUCUCACUCUCAGCCUACAGCUCAAGCGGACUGACACGGGGCUUUGGAUAGAAAGAAACGAACAAUAAGAUACUAAACAGAGGCCACAAUGGCAGAGCUUGGAGCGGGAAGCCUGCCGUUAGGGGAUCCUGCUUUUAAUUACCAGGAACACGAGCUGAACGAGCGGCUGAAGCGGCUCUACCCGGCUGUGAACGAGGAAGAGACCCCUUUACCCCGAUCCUGGAGCCCCAAGGAUAAAUACAGCUACAUUGGGCUGUCACAGAACAACCUGCGGGUCCAUUACAAAGGCCAUGGAAAGAACCACAAGGACGCAGCAUCAGUGCGAGCCACACACCCAAUCCCUGCUGCCUGUGGGAUCUAUUACUUUGAAGUCAAGAUUGUCAGCAAAGGUCGAGAUGGGUACAUGGGCAUCGGCUUGUCUGCCCAGGGAGUCAACAUGAACAGACUGCCUGGAUGGGACAAGCACUCAUACGGUUACCAUGGAGAUGAUGGUCACUCCUUCUGCUCCUCCGGGACCGGCCAACCGUACGGCCCAACAUUCACCACGGGGGACGUGAUUGGCUGCUGCGUUAACCUCAUCAACAACACUUGCUUUUACACCAAAAAUGGCAUCAGUUUAGGUGUAGCCUUCACAGACCUGCCUCCCAACCUGUACCCCACUGUGGGGCUUCAAACUCCGGGUGAGAUCGUAGACGCUAACUUUGGCCAGCAGCCGUUUGUCUUCGACAUCGAGGACUACAUGAGCGAAUGGCGGGCCAAGAUCCAUGGCAUGAUCGCUCGAUUCCCCAUAGGAGAGAGGCUGGGGGAGUGGCAGGCUGUCCUGCAAAAUAUGGUGUCCAGCUACCUGGUGCAUCAUGGGUACUGUGCCACCGCAACAGCCUUCGCCAGAGCCACAGAGACCAUGAUACAAGAGGACCAGACAUCUAUAAAGAACAGACAGAGAAUACAGAAGCUGGUGCUGGCAGGACGGGUGGGCGAAGCCAUAGAGGCGACUCAGCAGCUUUAUCCCGGCCUGUUAGAACACAACCCCAACCUACUAUUCAUGUUGAAGUGUCGUCAGUUUGUGGAGAUGGUGAACGGUACAGACAGCGAGGUACGCUGCUUGACCAUUCGCUCCCCCAAGUCCCAGGACAGUUACCCUGGCUCACCCAGCCUCAGCCCUCACCACGGCGCCAGCAGCACACACCUGCACACCGGAGGAGCAGACAGCCCAACCUGCAGUAACGGAGUGACUCCCCCCAACAAGUCAAAGAGCCACAGUGGCACUGGCAGCAGCAGUGUCAAAUACCCCAGCGUGUCCUCCUCCGCCUCCUCUUCAACCUCCUCCUCCCCUUCCUCCGUCAACUACUCUGAGUCCAACUCCUCCGACUCCACUAAGAGCCAGCCACACAGCGCCAACAGCACCCAGGAAACCAGUGACAGUGAGAUGGAGAUCGAAGCAGAGCAUUAUACCAACGGGGUUGUCGAGGGCUCCUCAGCACGGAUAAUGAAUGGCACAUACAAACACGAAGAGAUCCUUCAGCCAGAUGACAACAGUAUUGGCAAUGGAGUCACAGAUGAGGGUUGUACUAAUGGUAGACAGCUCUGUGGAGGGAACCAGGCAGCCACAGAGAGGAUGAUCCAGUUUGGACGGGAGCUGCAGGUGCUCAACGAACAGCUGUGUCGCGAGUAUGGCAAGAACGCCACACACAAGAAGAUGUUACAGGAUGCAUUCAGCCUGCUAGCGUACUCAGACCCUUGGAACUGUCCCGUGGGCCAGCAGUUAGACCCGACCCAGAGAGAAUCCCUCUGCUCUGCACUCAACAGCGCCAUACUGGAGUCCCAAAAUCUGCCUAAACAGCCUCCAUUGAUGUUGGCGCUCGGCCAGGCCACAGAGUGUGUUCAGCUCAUGGCCCGAGUCCGGUCUGGUUCCUGCUCCUUCGCCAGAGUAGACAACUUUUUGCACUAGCCCAGGUCUCGGUUAAUGUUAAGUAGCACUGAGAGGAGGCAUGUCCAGCAGGUAGUUGUCAUGGCGACAGAGGAAAGAGCAUGCGUGUGAUUGGUGUGUUUGGCUGUCCAUCAGACCGAGCCAGCGGCACAGACAGAGGAGCAGAGGAGAGCGGGAGAGAAGAAGGCUUCCUUUUAAUUUAGUAUUAUCAAAUAAAGAAAUGUGUGACACUAUUUAAAGAUAAUUAUUAUUCUGUUUAUCUAGCCAUUUUUAUAGUUUUUUUUUUUUUUGUCAGUUUGUUGUGCUCAUCCUGGACAAAACACAUUUUGAAUCCCCUUUUUUAUUUUUUCUUCUGUUUUAACGGGUGGAUUUUGAUUCCCUACGGUCAGUAUUUUACCACAUUGUUGUUGUUCACCAUAUCACAGACUACAAUACCCACAUCUGGUUGCCAUGGUGACCCACACUACUGUAGGUCAACCUAACAAAACCUGAGGUAUAUUAACAUCAUCUUUGAUGAGAUACAGAAGACAGACAGACGCUGAACCCUUUAUCCCUCUAAAAUUCUUGGAAGUGCAUGUGUUAAAUAUAAUAUAGAAACGCGUUCAGCAGUGGUCGGCAUGAAAAACACCUUCGAUUGUGUGGAGCAGAUCAUUAUCGGGUCAAGCCUGAUGCCGUACAGUACACUGCUGCUGAUAUAACAUAUCAAAUGGACUGAUGUAAGACAAACGUGGGUCCCUCAAUUAUUCCAGAGAGCUGAAUAUAAUGGGAUGCUUCCCGUGUAAAAAACAUAAUUGAAUGACCUCUGUAGAGGAGAGCACUGCCAGUAACCAGGGGCAGAGUUUGAGGACAAGGGGUUACAUUGGAAUAUUAGACGUGUUUGAUCCCUAAUUUUACUGUAACUGACCAGAGCAUCGACUAAUUGGUGAUAUGGUUGCAGGUGACAGAGCUCAGAACCAGCUGCAGCUUCAACACCUGCUCUCAACACCCAACAUAACACUAUUAUCAGGGUCGCCUUGAUGCCAGCAUAAAGAAAAUCCGUAUCUAAGGCAGAUUUAACAAGCACAGCGAAUGGACGGCUAAAAGUCAAGUAACCCCUUGGGAUUUCAUUAUUGCACUAUUUUUACAUCGUCCUUAGUCUGACCUGCUCUGUACAUGUGCUGUCACAAUUCGAAUUUCAAAUAAAGAGGUGAAAUAAUUUUCCAAUAGAUUGAGGAUAUAGAGGAUAUAGUACAAUAACUAUAAAAAGAUGGAAAAUAUAUUUUUAUUGUUCAAGUUCGCUCCUGGCCUCCAUCGGAUUCAUCCACCUUGCUUCUGUUUUGGAUUCAGAUCAGUUGUAAAAAAAACUUCCAAUCACCACUGGUAGCCCCCAACAGCAUGAAAUUACAGCUACAGCGUCUUUUGUCAACCCCUCCUCGCUUUCAUCCACUUUGUAUGGAGCCCCAAAGUUUUUCAUAUUAAGAGAGUAAAUAGGACAUUAUGAAAUUAAUAGCAUAUGAAUAAAUAACUAAAAUAUUAAUUUAACCAAAAAAUUGUGAAAUAAUUACAUUUGCAUGCUCUUCGCAGGCUCAACAACUGCUUCCAAAAUGUAGCCAGCUAGCUCCUAUUAGCUAGCAGCUGACUCACAAGCUAGCAGCUGACUCACAAGCCAGCAGCUGAAUCACAAGUUAGUUACUAUAUUUGAAUCAACCAACUAGUUGCUGCUGCUUAUAAACACACUGCACAGUAACCAAACGUUCUUUUGAUUUAGCUUAACAGGGCUACAUAUGCUACCUACCUAGCCAGCUAACUAGCUAGGCUGGCUUGUGGGCUUGGAUUUAUUACUCAGCAUGAGAGCGAAGAGCCAGUGUUAGCAGCAGCAUCUAACAUUAGCUGGUUAAUUCAGUCUUAAGUAGUUUUGUGAUUCUGGAAAUGUUCCUCAGGAAAGAGUCUUUGUGGUUGCUAGCUCCUGUUAGGUCUGACUUGAGUUUUGAUCAUUUCAACACCAUGUUAUAAAAAACUCAUUUUUUCUCAGUGCUUGUGUAGUCUACUUACAUUUGGAAAUCUCGAGUGCUUACCAACCCACAUAGUUUGAAAUAAGGCAACCCAGUCAGGUUCUUUGUGGGCUGCCUCGGUCAGAAAACAUGGGAUUCAACAAGCCAUUCACAUUUAGCUCCCCUUCAUGUGUCACAUGCAGGCUGAUUAGAAUAUACACUAGUAGUUCUAGUAGAAACCCAAAAUACAAGUAUGAACCUAAAAAUGAGCAUAAUAUGUCCCCUUUAAAUUCUUUCACAGUUUAUUGGCUCGUUUAUGUUUGUUCACAUUUAUUUCACAAUGUCUUGUUUAUUUAAUUAAUAUUAGAUUUUAAUAGUGAAAUAUUCAUUUUGAAAUGUUAUCAUGAUCAGCUUCCUGUCUCUGUAUCUGAAAAGAUGAUUGUUCAUUGCAAAAUUACAAAUCGGACUCAACUUCACACUAUUUCCAUCUCAAUAAUUGGACUCUGACUACAAACUUGUUUUGUUUCAUAAUAUAGGUUUAUCUGAAACAUUUUCAUUCUUUUGUUUUUGCAACAACCUUAUUUUCUACCAAAUAGCAAUGACUUAAUGUUGUCUGACUAGUGACACGCUGUCACUUCCUCUGCUUUGUUGUGACCUGGCAAAUGGCUUGUGGAUCCACCCUGAAGUGUAUAUUUCCAUUUAUACGAGAAUAGAGAAAUAUGGAAUAAUAUAAUACUGGAGAUGUGUGUAUGCAAUGUGGAGUUUACUACAGGGUAUGUGGUCAUCUUUUUACGAAGUUGGUUUUUAUAAAGACCUUCUGCUAUAAUAGGAACUAUUCUAAUAACCACACAUACAGUACACACUCACAACAUCUGCUUCUACAGCUGUAAAGGACUUCUGUUACACACACACACACACACACACACUCACACACACACACACACACACACACACACACACACACACACACACACACUUGUACGUGAAAGAACAACCUCUGUUGCAUACCUGUAGGGAACAAGUCUCCCAGCUGUCCUUCGUGUUUGAGCCUGGGCUGUGUCUCAGCACUGUUACCACGCACCCUUCCUCUUAUCCCUGCAUAGACAAAGCCGCUGAUGUGAUCAGUGAUUGUUCUAAGGAAAGGAAGGAUGUGAACAGUUUUGGAAAUGGGCCCGAGGCCUCUGAAGCCACAUGGACUUCUUCCAGAGAGGCUGGAGAAAUGGAUUUAGGCAUACAGACAAGCUGUGCACAAUUGACUUCUGUCAUGAGUUUAAUUUCAUAUUUUGACUUUUGAGUUUUAGCAAAAAAAUAAAAAUAAAAAAACAAUUGUGAAAUGAGUUACCCUGUACUUAGCAUGACUUUUAAAAUGAUAUAAAACAAAUAAAAAAAGAAAAAUGAUAAUUGAAAGAAAAAAAAAAACCUAUGUACUGGAAACAUGUUAAAAAGAAAUAUUGUAUUCUGUUUAAUUUUGACAGAAUUAUUUUUAUUAAAUACAUCCAUAAGCAUA